GUAUUUCGCAUCAUAUUUCCUGUCAGACCUGCUCCCGCCGUCCCGGCCAGAGUCUGAUCAGCCAGGCGUUGUAGACCUCCGCGAUUUGCACCAUUCAUCAGCAGUCCUUGUAUUCUUGCACUGGUGGACAGCUCGGCACUUCACUUAUUCCUGCGUGUCUCGCUCGCAGCGGGCCCUGCCGCGCCUUGCAGCGCCUCUCACUUACACCGCGACAUCGGUCGCCAAAGCUGCCGACUGACCAGCAAGCGCCGUCAGCAGUUGGCUCAGGCUAUAAGGCUUCCGGCAUUCUGGCAUUUCUGUUUUUGUCCAGUGUAGAACUUCAUCCCAAAGGACCAGGCUUUUCGCGAUAAGAGCAUGGCGCCCCAAAGUACUCUCCUGCUGGCAACUUCGGCUGCCGGCCUUGGCGUCGUGGGUUUGCUUUCGAUACCUGCAGCCCUCAACAUCCUUGAGCAGCUCCACAAGAAGGAACCUUACGACCCCGACACCGUGUACGAGGACGCAGAUGGCAAAAGCACUCCCGAGGCAACAAAAGCAUUCAGUGCAAAAUGGCCAAAAGCCUUUAUCCUCUUCUUCUCAGCUGCCGGGCUGCUCGUCUCCAUUGCUCUGGGCGUACUUGCCAUCAUCAGUGACAACAAACUCGCGAAUACGCUCUUUCUGGAGAAUUGGCUCUGUGUCGGCACAUGGGCCCUUCUCUUAUUUCAGGCCAUUGCCAUCGCUUCGGCACGCUCCUCUGUCGUGGCUCACGACCUUGGUAUCUACUCCAUGCUAGCAAGCGUCGCUUUGCUCGUUGUCCGGGUCAUUCAAGACAACCAAGUUGGCGAAACUCUGCUCAAGCACGAUAUUACAACAUUUGCUAUCCGGGUGGCCGAGAUUGUCGUCGUGGUAGCUCUCGGCUUCUCAAGUCUUCAACUGCCUAGGCGUCCUGACGUCUAUGACGGUGACCAAGUCAUUGAUCGUUCCCUGACCCAGUCCGCAUGGAGCCGGUACAACUGGAGCUGGGCCUUCAACGUCUUGCAAGCCGCUAAGGAGAAGAACAACCUCGAUAUGAAGGACUUGCCGCGGCCGGAUCACUACACCAGGGCAAGACCCGCGACUGAGGCGUGGGAGAACCGCGGUUUCAAAGGACCCCUGUGGCUUUCCAUCAUCAAGGCUCACAAGGGAACCUUGGCCCUUCAAUGGUUCCUUACAUUGUGUACCUCUGUGCUCAACUUUGCUCCGCAGUGGUGCGUCCUCCAGCUGCUCCGCAUCCUUGAGCGCCGAACCAAGGAAUCCGAUGCACUUGGCUACGAUGCCUGGAUGUGGGUCAUCUGGAUUGGAGUGACUAUUGUGCUCCAGUCCUGGGUUGAAAGCCACGUCUUUUGGUUAUCCUAUGGCCAACUCUGCGUCAAGGUUCGCGCAGAGCUCUCAGCGCUCGUCUUCAAGAAGUCUAUGAGACGCAAGGAUGUCAAAGAGGCCAAGAAGAAGAGCACUCCAACGACCAGUACCCCCGAGCUUACCGUCACCGGACCGGCAGGCGUGUCUACCAGCGUUGACACCCCCGAGGUGGCGUCUCCUGCAGACGAAGAAGAAGAGGAGGAUCCCGAGCAGCUCAAGAAGAGCAAGCAGGGCACCGUCAACCUGAUCGGAGUCGACGCCAAGCGUGUUGCCGACUUCUGCGCUUUUGCCAACUACUUUCCCGGAUCUCUCUUCAAGCUCAUUGUGUCACUGACGUUCCUCCUCGACCUUCUUGGCUGGAAGGCCCUCGUUGCUGGUUUCUCAACCAUGAUUGCUGUCAUGCCGAUCAACAUCUACUUCUCGAAACGAUACUCUGACGCCCAGGAUCGCCUCAUGAAGGUGCGCGACACCAAGUUGGAAGUCGUCUCAGAGGCGCUCCAAGGUAUCCGUCAGAUCAAGUUUGCAGCUCUCGAGCCGCAGUGGGAGGACAAGAUCAGCAAGGUCCGCGAGAGAGAGCUGUCUGCCAUCUGGUACGCGUUCAUCAACGACUGCAUGCUUAUCGGAUGCUGGAUUUGCUCGCCCAUCAUGCUUGCCGCUGUAUCUUUGGCUGUGUAUGCUUAUGUUCACGGCUCUUUACUUCCAUCCGUGGCUUUCGUCAGUCUCGGUGUAUUCAAGGCGCUCGAAGUCACUCUCUCGGUCAUUCCCGAGUUGACCACGGACGCUCUGGACGCCUGGGUCUCGGUCAACCGCAUUGACACAUACCUGAACAGUGCCGAAGUCACCAAGAUCAGCAAGGAUGCCGAGGAAAUCAGCUUCGACAAUGCUUCCAUUGCCUGGCCGUCCGACGAUACUGAGGAAAACCCCGACCGCUUCAUACUUCGCAACAUGAACUUCACUUUCCCCAAGGGUGAACUGUCCGUGGUCUCUGGCAAGACCGGAUCCGGCAAGAGUCUCCUCCUUGCCUCGAUCCUCGGAGAGGUUGAUCUCCUCGAAGGCUCCAUGAGUGUCCCCCGCGCACCGGCUAUACAGGACCGCCACGACCACAAGGCCAACAAGGAUAAUUGGUACAUUCCUGGCUCUAUUGCCUUUGUCGCCCAGAUUCCUUGGAUCGAGAAUGCCACUGUGAAGGAGAACAUUCUGUUUGGUCUUCCUUUGGACGAGGAACGUUACAAGCUGACGGUGGAGGUCUGCGCGCUCACUAAGGACAUCGAAAUGUUCACCGACGGAGACAGGACUGAAAUUGGCGCCAACGGCAUCAACCUCAGCGGUGGACAAAAGUGGCGCAUUACCCUCGCCCGAGCAAUGUACUCCCGUGCUGGCAUCUUGGUUCUCGAUGACAUCUUCAGCGCUGUGGACGCCCAUGUUGGGCGCCAUAUUUUCGAGGCAUGUUUGACUGGGGAGCUUGGAAAGGGCAGAACCCGCAUCCUCGUCACCCACCACGUGGCCCUCUGCGAGUCUAGGACGAAAUAUCUCGUCGAGCUUGGCAAUGGCGUUGUUCUCAAUGCUGGCCCAGUGGAAGAGCUGAAAGAGGAUGGCACGCUGGCCAAGAUCAAGAGCCAUGAACAGUCUCCGCGCGAGAUUCAGGAGGAUGAGGACAUGACGGCUGUCAAUUCGGAAGAGGUUUCUGUCAACGACGCUGAUGGUACCGAACCCCUCGUCAAGGUGCCCUCAAAGACUCCCGAGGCUCGCAAGUUUGUCGAAGAGGAAGCACGCGAGCGUGGAAGCAUUAAGAAGAAAGUCUAUGCCACAUAUCUGCAUGACAGUGGCGGCUGGCCCUUCUGGACUGGUGCGGCUGUCAUCUUCCUUGUAGUCAUGGCUCUGGGUUUGGGCCGCUCGUGGUGGCUAAAGGUGUGGACCGAUUCAUAUGAAGAAACCGAAAGCAUUGACGUGCAUUCCAACGGCAGCCACGACUACUCGUACGCCUCGCAGAUGAUCCUCAAGGAGUCGACCCUUCAUCUCCUGUCGAAGCCCAUCAUCCCUGUGGAAAACGACGACAGCCUGACCUUCUACCUGGGCAUUUAUGUUCUGCUUGCCGGUGUUACAUGCAUCAUCAGCACGUCAAGAUGGUACUACGUUUUCAGCGGCUCAAUCGUUGCUUCCCGCACUCUGUUCGCCAAGAUCAAUUUCGUCGUCCUUCGCGCACCUCUCCGAUGGCUCGACACUGUCCCUGUUGGCCGUGUCCUGAACAGAUUCACCGCAGACUUCCACUCGGUUGACACACACCUUGCCUACGCCCUUGGUUUCGGCAUUGGUGCCAUCCUGAACCUGGUUGCCGUCAUCAUUGCCGGACUGUUCGUUUCUCCCCUCCUGAUCCUGCUUUCCUUUGUGCUGCUCGCAAUCUGCUUGUGGUACGCGCUCUUCUAUCUCCAUGGAGCACGACCGGUGAAACGUCUCGAGAGCACAGCCAAGUCCCCUGUUUUCGAGCAGUUCACUUCCGCACUGACAGGUGUCACGACAAUCCGCGGCUUUGACAAGUCCGAUGUCUACAUCGAGCGCAUGUUCAGGAAAAUCGAUGACUGGUCGACCUCGUCAUGGCACCUGUGGCUGUUCAACCGCUGGAUGGGCUGGCGCAUGUCUGUCGUCGGCUCCUUCUUUGCCAGCUUUGUUGCUAUCCUGAUCCUGCUCACUCCGGACAUGCAUGCCUCGCUCGCUGGCUUCGCUCUCGCGUUUGCGCUCGAUUUUUCGGCCAGCGUGAUGUGGACUAUUCGGCACUACGCCACCAUCGAGCUCGAGAUGAAUGCCGCCGAGCGCAUCGUCGAGUACACGGAGCUCCCGACCGAGAAGCUCGAUGGCGAUAAUGCGCCCGCCACCUGGCCGACCGAAGGCCGUGUCGAGCUCAACGAUCUCGUGGUCACCUACGCCGACGAUCUGCCGCCGGUUCUUAAGGGUCUGACCUUUUCCGUCAAUAGCAAUGAGCGUGUCGGUGUCGUCGGCCGCACGGGUGCUGGCAAGUCGUCCUUGACUCUGGCUCUCUUCCGCUUCCUCGAGGCCAAGGGAGGUUCCAUCCACGUCGACGGCCUCGACAUCUCCAAGAUCAAGCUGCACGACCUGCGCAGCCGAUUGGCCAUCAUCCCGCAGGAUCCGGUCCUCUUCUCGGGCACGGUGCGGUCCAACCUCGACCCGUUCGACAACCACACCGACGAGGAGCUGUUGGACUGCCUCGCCCGUGUGCACCUCAUUUCGGAGGACGAGACGCGCCCGCCAAGCGGCGCCGAGACCCCGGGCGUCCCGUCCUCUGGCACCGCCACCCCAACGACCGCAGCGGCGCCCAAGAAGAACACCAACAUCUUCCGCAAGCUCUCGUCGCCCAUUUCCGAGGGUGGCCUGAACCUGUCCCAGGGCCAGCGCCAGCUCCUCUGCCUGGCUCGCGCCAUCGUCAGCAGGCCCAAGGUCAUGGUCCUCGACGAGGCGACCAGCGCCGUCGACAUGAACACCGACGCGCUCAUCCAGCGCAGCAUCCGCGAGGAGUUUGGCGGCAGCACACUGCUCGUCAUCGCCCACCGCCUCAGCACCAUCGCCGACUUUGACCGCAUCCUCGUCCUGUCGGACGGCAAGGUCGCCGAGUACGGUUCGCCCAAGGAGCUGUGGGAUCUCAAGCCCAAGGAUGGCGGCGAGUUUGGCAUGUUCAGGGCCAUGUGCGAGGAGAGCGGUGAAAAGGAAAAGCUGCGCAAGAUUUGCCUUGGUCUGUCUGAAUAGAUGACCUACAGUGAUAAGAGGGAGUUUGAAUGCUGGGUUUGGGGGAGCAGAAAAUUUUGAUUACACGCUCAUCUGUUGGAUAGAUCGCAUUAGCCUGUUGUUUGCAUGGCCUGAAGUAUAGCGCUGAAGUACCUUGGACAUGCGUAGAUCCGCUUGCUUUUAGAAUCACGUAAAACAACACUACAUGAGUUAGAUAUUUUAGUGCUUUCUAC